UCGCUCCUCGUCUCACUUGACUCUUGGCUCUUUUGAAUUGCGUUUGUGGAACAUAAGGAAAAAAUGAUGGGUUUUGGUUCUUUCAAUCACGGGAGUUCAUCAUUAUCUUCAAACUUGUCGCCCUUAGCACAGCCUUUCGCUGUUGAUCGAUCCCUCCCUAAACCCAACCUAAACCCACCCGUACCUUUCGCUGAGGGGUCUUACUCAUCUUCCCUUCGGCCUCCUUUCGAAAAUUGGCUCCAUUUGCAUCCUCCCACUUCCGUUUCCCAUCCAUUUUCCAAUCCUAGUUCGAUUUCUGAAUUAGACUCCACACAUGCCACUAAUGUGUCCUGCUCGGGCAAUUAUGGGUACUACGGUUCUCAGUCUAUCAGCUCGUUUGAUCCCCAUUUACAGCCUAACGCUGCUACUUCUUCCAUCGGUUCUUUCCCUUAUGAUCUGCGGCAGUCAGAAAGCAUUAGGACUACUCUUGUCGCAGCAAAGCCAUAUUAUCCCCAGUACCCAUCAUCAGCUAGUCAUGAUGAUAGUAAUCUCGUUGUCCUCAAUGAUUGUGGUUGUAACACGUUAUCAGCUUCUAGUUUUGCUCCUUUAAAUGAGACCAAUGAUACUGGUUACUCUCGGAGCUUUUCUGUUGGCUAUACGGGUCAUUGGACUGACUUUUGUGACGGUCUGGCUGAUGAGGAGCAGGCUAGAAGGAAGGGCCGUGAUGGAAAUUUGUUUUGCAAUGGUUAUCAUGGCACCAAUCCAAUGACUGACAAAAGUUUCUUAAAUCAAGGGACCCCUGCUCCUGAAGGCUUGCCAGCAAAACGUGUUGAGAUUUCUGCAAUAAAAAGUCCAAGUGGAUCAAGAGUUUCAUAUGCAUCUGUAACAAGCUCUUCCUCAUCCCUAGUCUUUGGAGCAAGGGCCGGAGAAACAAGUUUUUCAGCUCUGGAGACAUCAAGAAAUGUGAAUUUCAGUCAGCAGCCUGGGGAUGCAUUUGACAAUGGUGAAUCUGCUGCCUGUUUUACCUCCAACUUUAAGGAGCCCUUAAUCCAGAUGAGUUCAAAAGAUCUGUUAAAGGCAAAACCUAAGCUCCAAGCCAAUUAUUUCAAGCUCUCUGAUGCUUGCAACAAUGUAGUAUCUGGAGGUGCUGGAACAGCUGAUUCUGCUGAGGGGUCUUCUGAAACAUUUGACCAGUUUAACCCAGUCGUGGAUUCUCCUUGUUGGAAAGGUGCUCCAACUUCCCGUCUAUUUCCAUUUGGAGUCACUGAAGUGGUGUAUCCAUAUCUUCCUGUAAAGGAGUUUGAAGGAUGUAAUAGUUCAAGUAUUGAAGGGCCUCAUAUUCUUGCUGUCAAUGCUGAUGAUGCUGUUGCUUUUUCCUUGAAAAAGGAAGGGGUGAACUUAGUACCUGAUGAAAAUGAACAUGGUGAAGCUGGUUCAUCAUCUUUGUCUAAGGGAUUCUCGUCAGUUAAUUUUCUAUCUGUGGAAGAUGAAUUAAAAGAUUCUGUUAAAGCAGCACCUUAUUAUUCAAAACUGAACAUUGAGAAUGAGAUAUUAUGUUCAGAUGGCAUCCAGGAACUGACCCAACCAAGAAAAGAACAUGUUCCAUCAAUCUGUUCAAAAAGUUCUGAACUCAAGCCUUCUCACAUGAAACAAAUGAGUUAUGGCAAUAAUAUUACAUCUGAACUGUUUACCUCCGAGGAAACAGUUGUAAAUUCUGAAUCGGAUAUUAAGGAUCUGGGACAGGAUGGCUCAUCUUGUGUACAAUCCAAUGUUGUGGAACAGUCCUCAAGUUUGCCUUUUUCACUAGCUAGUGUUCCUGUUGGGCUUGCUAAACAAUUCGGUGAAGCAUCUGACACCGGACCGAAGAUUGAUAUUCAGCUGCUGCUUAAUGCUAUGCAUAACUUGUCGGAAUUGCUUCUUUCUAGUUGUUCCAGUGAUUUAAAAGAAUUGAAGGAACAGGAUCAUGAGGUUAUUCGUCGUGUAAUCAACAAUCUUGAUGCAUGUCUCUCAAAGAAGGUUGGAUUAAUGAGAUCAAUGCCCCAAAUACAAUUUCCUGAGUCAAGCACUUGCUGCCUUGAAAUACCAACUGAUCCUCAGAAGGUUUCUUGGACAUGCAGGUCCCAGGUCAACAGUGUAGAGGCUGUCAAUGUACCAAGUCAAAAUGACCUCGAGGGAAAAAUGCAUUGUACUGAUUCUGGUAAGCAAGAUAUGAAAUUGCAGGAUGUUGUUUCUAUGGAUGGUGAGACAGGAAUCAAGAUAGAUCAGGUCAUAAUCUGCAGGCUAUGAAGACAGUUAUGAAGGAGAAAUUUGACAAUGAACACCAGCAAACUAUAUUAUUUAAGAACUUAUGGCUUGAAGCAGAAGCUGCUUUGUGUUCUGUGAAAUAUAAAGCAUGUUAUGCUCGCAUGAAAAUAGAGAUGGAGAACUGCAUGAGAGACCAAGAGAAAGAUGCGGCAGGAAUGCCAAUUGACACAGGGGGACAUUUGAGCCCUAAUGUUUCUCAUGAUCUGAUCGUUGAUGACAUGUUGACACAAGAGAUGAAGAGCACAGUUCUAGGCACCACUACACAGGAGAAAACUCCAACUGGAAUUGCCGGUGAGGCUAAGGAUGUUGAGGUGCCGGUUACCAGUCAAGCCAAGGAUGUUGAAGCUUCUGUUGCCAGUCAGGCCGAGGACAGUGAGGCUUCUGUUAUGUCCAGAUUUCGUAUUCUAAAAUGUCGUGUUGAAAAUUGUAGUUCCAUGAAGGGCGGGCAUCCGGCGGAGUCAACUGGCAUUGGAGCUUAUGCAGGAAGGGAGGAUACAAUAUCGAGCCCUUGUCUGAAUAGAACUCGAAAUAUUAGGAUGAAAGUCCAACCAAUAAAGGUUGUAGAUGGGAGUUCUUCAGAGAGGAGAAACCCUUCACCUGUUUUUAGAGACAGAUCAGAAGAUGGAUGUUUAAAAGUGACAAUUAGGCCGGACAUGCAGCAUCAUGGUACAGAUUGCACUGAAGAGAAAAAUACAUUGGAUUCAGAUGAUCCUUGGCAACAAGACCAAUUGAAAGAGUUUGGGGUUUGUAUUUCUGAAGAACCACUCAAUACUCUUAUACCAAACAGGGAUGGGAAUCAGUGCAUAGGUGGUGGUUUUGAUAGCCCACCCUCUGAUUGGGAGCAUGUGCUGAAGGAGGAGCUGAAGUGGCAGAACUGACAGCUCUAUCAGCGGAUUGGAAACGCAGGAGUCGCUAUGAUGGUUGGGAUGACAUAUACACUAAUUGUCUGGAUCACCAUUUGUGCUCGAAAUGCUAGGGUGUGAAUGCUCUAUUCUAAACUUGUCCAAAGCUUUUAAACCUGUAUGAAUUUGAAUUUCCAGAGCACAUCUC